GCCUGUCCGAUGCUGUCUGCAGAGUGCAGCAGCAAGCAUACAUACUUGCUGCCAGUUCCUCGCUGCUGAUGCAUUUGUCAUGAGUUAACGAACUCUCAUCGCUAAGAAAGUCUGUGAAAAUGAUUCGGUAUCGUAGUGGAAAUUUUUUCGCUUUAUUUUUUACGUUCCUGGCGCUGAGCACCGCCUCGGAACUCUCGACAACGAUUCUGCAAGUGCCAGAUGGCGGAACUGCAAAUAUCUCCUUAAGCACGUACAACAAAACUCAGAACGUGGAUCAAGCAUUUACCCAAUUAAUCAAUAUAAAUGAUAGUGCAAACUUUGCUAUCACUGUCAAUGAUAUUCCCACUGAAGUGAGUUUUGUUAUAAUUCAACUACAUGCUUAUAUGCACAAUGCGUCCAUGUCGUACAACAAGACAUCAAUCAAGAGAACACCUGGAAACUUUGUCAUUGGUACAAAUAUUGGACUUUAUGUUGACACUACUGGUGUCGCUGAUACUGUAGUUUAUGCAUCAAAUGAAAAUAACUUUGAGAUUGCUGGCCUAGUAGCUGUUGUUGCAUAUAGAUAUGAUGCUCCCUCUCCAGGUGGAUGCAACAUGGAGUUUGAUAUCAAGAGAUCACCCUUCCAGAAGUUGUUUUACAAUCAUGCAACUGUGACGGUCGACGCUCAACCCGCUGCCGUGCCGAACAUUGGAAAUUUCGAAUUGCCUUGCGAAAAAUAUCCUUUACAGCACGAUGCCUAUCGCAUGUACUUGCCCGAAGAGGAUUUCAGUAAUGAGACUUAUUUCUCGGCGAUUGCCAAUAUGCUCACUGUGAGGGAUAUCGAAAGGAAUGCGGAUUUUAUACCGGCAUCGAUCUAUGGAUCUCCGAUGAGACGCGUAUUCAGCGUAUACCCCGGAACUGGAUCCAUUCACGGUAUGGUGGCGCGUUUUGGUAGUCAAUCCGCUGCCUACGUACCGAUUGUUACUUAUGGCUGUGAUUCAUCAUCGUGGUCCAAUUCUUGUUCUAUGCUAACCACGACAUUUUCGAAAGUCCUCUGUGCCUUGACGUUUUUUAUUGGACUUUUCGUAACCAUGCGCGGACAAUAUUAUUUUAAAACUUCAAUGUUCUUAAUGGGCUUGCUGUUUGGAGGCUUCAUAGGUUACAUAUUAGGAAAUUUUAUUGGAACGUUUGAUAUCACAGGUGUUCUUGUAUCAGCAUUAGUUAUUGGCACCAUGUCAAGCUUAUUAUGGUUCGUUUUGUGGUCGUGUCUGAGUAGUCCGAUUCCAUCUCUAAUGCUCUCUGGAUUGACACUUGGCACGUUCUUCUUCUGUCUAUUCUACUUCACCAUACCAGUUGGGCUGUUGUAUCUCGAAGUCAAUGCAUACUUCUGUUUGAUUUUUGCAUCGUUCCUCAUAGUUUCCAUACUCAUAUUCAGCCUGAUUCCUCUCGCCGGAAACAUUAUUUGUUUUACGACGCUUGGUGCUUAUGCCACAAUACUUUCUAUCGACUAUUAUUGUGGAGCGAGUUUUAAGUACAUACUUCUUAACGCGAUUCGACGCGCCACUGUCUCCAACUUCAACGUUGCCAUCAUUCAGCCUCCUUACCAAGAUAAAGACGUACUGCUUACGGUGUUUUGGUCCUUCCUUGUAAUAUUGGGUCUCUAUAAGCAAUGUGCAACCAACUGGAAUCGUGCGCCAUUCCCCCCAUCAUCACCAAUCCUAGUAAGAGAUACGGAAAACGCACCAUUGCUAGGUGGACAAAGAUAUCGAAGCAGAUACAGAUCCUUCAAUAAUCCACGAUUUCGUUAUGAAAAUUCCUCAGAACUUCGUUUCUAGACUGAUGGUGAUAAAAACCAAAGUAUAGGCUCAAUUUUAGGUACUAUCUAAGGUUAUCUUAUUUUUACCUCUUAUACAGGUGAUAUUUUCGAUAGCAAUCUACUUGAAUUCAAAUCUUGAUUUGUCGAUUCACGCCUGUCGUCAAAUUGAGAAACGGAUCGAACCUAGUAAAUAAGACUCAAAAGUGCCUAUAUGAAGGUAUACUAAUGGAUAAAAGUAUUUUUGUAAAUUUGCUUUGUUAGUUUUUUUUUAGAGAGUCUGAGUACGUAUUAAUAUUUUUUAUAAUACGUAUAUAGAGUUAUUAUGUUAGAGGUGUUUACGUUUACUCGAAGUUACGAUAUGUGACUGCCGCACCUCUAAUAAUGCAACAUGACUGUACUUUUUAUAUGACAAAUUAUAAACGAAAGCAUCAAACAGAGGUGAUAUAACGGUAUAAAAAAUAUAGUCUGAGAAUGUUGAAAAUAAUUGUUCUUUUUUUGAGGUAGUUUUGAGUAGUAAAAAGCACUUAUGUUAUCUGUGAGAAAAU